AUGAGGUUGUUGGAGUUUGGAUGUCUGGUUGCAGUUCUAUGUGGUCUUCUUGUGUCUGUGAAAGCUGAGAUUUACAUCGUAACUGUUGAAGACGAACCUGUUAUUAGUUAUGGAGGUGGAAUUGAUGGUUUUGAAGCUAAUGUUGUUGGAUCUAAUGAGAAGAUUGAUACUAAUAGAAUUGCUGUGUACAAGGCACUUUACAGAUUAUUUAGAGGAUUUGUUGCAGAUGUAGUUGCUUCAAUCGAUCAGGUUGUGUACGAUGGAGUGGAUAUACUCAUCCUUUCAGUUGGACUGAACAGUCUUCCAGCAGCCACCAAAACCACAUUUUUGAACCCUUUUGAUGCCACACUUCUUGGAGUUGUAAAAGCUGGUGUAUUUGUUGCACAGGCUGUUGGAAAUGGUGGUCACUUUCCUAAAACAAUGGUUUCAUAUAGUCCAUGGAUAGCCUCUAUAGCAGCUGCCAUUAAUGAUCGCAGAUACAAAAACCAUUUAACCCUUGAAAAUGGAAAAGUCUUAGUUGGAAUUGGGUUAUCACGAUGAUAUUGAGGAUGAUAAUGAAGAUUAAACUGUUUAUCAUUGUGGUUUAUUGGCUAAGAUGGAGUAGUGUUGAGAACGAAUACAUGUAUGGUUGACUAAUGACUUUUAUUAGAAGAUACCUAUAUAGGAUAUAAUAUUUUAGUUUUUCAUAGAAUAUUAGUAGUAAAUUC